AGAGAAGGUUUCACACGAACUGGGAGCACGCGAGGCGUCUAUAAGUACCGCCGCGGCGUGUGUCAGCUGCAGAUGCGGAGAGUCGGCCCGCGCGCAGUAACGCACGCUCACUGUACUCAGAUGACAGCUCAGUGAUAACAAGCGACAGAUCGUGAAGUGAUCGGAGUGACUGUGCGGGCAUCUGAUACAUGUUCUGCAGCGGCUCAGCUCCAAGCUUUGAAACUUCCCAAGACUUUUGAUUCAACUUAUUUCUUCGCUUCGAAAGAGGAUUUAUUUCUUUCAACUUUUUGCCUUUUUCGACCGAAAAUGCCCGCUGACACUAUGGAAAAGCAGACGGCAUCUGCCAUCGCCGGUGCGCCCGCAAAUGGAUCGCACACACCGGACAAACCGAAAAACGCCAGCGAGCAUAGAAAGGUUGGUUGUUUUUUAUUACUUUCUGCGUUUUAUAGACAAAUAAAGUCAUACUUUUAAACACGCUUUACUGAAAUGAAAUCAAAAGUAGUGCCCAAACUGAUUAAAAUGUUUGAUGAACAUGUUAUUUAUGUUGAUUUCUUUUUCUUUUACAGUCAUCCAAACCGAUCAUGGAAAAACGCCGAAGAGCCAGAAUUAACGAAAGUCUCGGUCAACUCAAGACUCUCAUCCUGGACGCACUGAAGAAAGAUGUAAGUUGGAAAAAUCACACUGCUUUUCAUCAGAGUUUCAUUUAAAUAAUACUGCACGUCUCAAAACUUGGAGCACGGACUAAACUUUUCUUAUGUCGCUUUGCAGAGCUCCAGACACUCCAAGUUGGAGAAGGCAGACAUCCUGGAAAUGACAGUGAAGCACCUGAGGAACCUUCAGCGCGUCCAGAUGAGUGGUAAGUUUAUUGGAUCACCAAAGAAGUCAUGAAACAAUAAGAUUUCAUCCCGAAACAGCUAAAAGAAACUGUAAUUCUCAACUAAUGUACAUCUCCUUUCUUCCCUCCAGCAGCGCUCUCAGCAGACGCCACCGUCCUGAGCAAAUACAGAGCCGGAUUCAACGAGUGCAUGAACGAGGUGACCCGCUUCCUCUCCACCUCUGAGGGGGUGAACACGGAGGUGAGAUCCAGACUCCUCAACCACCUGUCCAGCUGCAUGGGCCAGAUGAUGUCAAUGAACUACCCGCAGCAGGCCUCGUCUCAGCAGGCGCACCUUGCUCAGCCCCUUCACGUGCAGCUCCCCUCCACCCUGCCCAUCAGCGGCCCUGCCAUGGGCUCCAAACUCAGUCCAGCAGAGGCCGUAUCUCCGAAGGUCUUUGGUGGAUUCCAGCUGGUGCCCGCAACAGACGGACAGUUCGCUUUUCUGAUCCCCAACCCGGCCUUUGCCUCCGCCACAGCCCCUGUCAUCCCUCUUUACGCAAACGCAGGUGUGCCUGUAGCGGUGAACGCCAGCCCGGUGCAUGGAAGCUCCGCACCUACUGCCGCAUCACCAGUCCAUGGCAUGACGUCCUUCUCCGGGGGAUCCCAGGCGGUCAGUCCGGUCGGGGUCAGCACUGGUUCAGAGAGCAGCGAGCCUGUGUGGAGACCCUGGUAGCCUCGGAUAAGAGACCCUACACCCAAAUUUGCAUUACUCUUAGACAUUACACCGACUGCACAAACAACUGUUAAAGGGGUCAACCUGGAACUGUAUCUCCAACCACUUAAAGACCCCGAGUUUUCGUUGUUUCGUUUUAUGGAACAGAAGUUGCCUUACAUGGCAUAUUGUUUUAUUUUUCACCAGAUUCCAACAUUUGGAUGUCGGUGAUGAGGCUGUACAUGCAAAUGGAAGAUUUAUUGGAGAUUUUCGUUAUGAAGUACUUUUUAUGAAAAGGUUUAGUUUUGUACAGAGUUGUUAUUGAUUGUUAAACCAAAGCUGUGUUUUAUAUUCUUUGUUGCUUUGUGUUCAAAAGAAAAAAAACUGAAGUUGGGGAAUGGCCCAUUGUUUUAAUAAAAUAAAUUACAGAAAUUAACUUGC